GAUCGAAAAAAUUGACGUUUCAGAAAGGAAAUGCCUUGGAGAGGGAAUUGUAAUUUCAGCGGAUAAUUGAAGUUUUUUUCCACAUCUGUUUAAAAAACAUACACGCGUUUUUUUUCACGUUAAAAUAGAAAAAAACAAUUUUCAUUUCAAUGAUUUCAAUCCAUGUGAAGUAAUAUGAACUAUUUAUUUGAAUCACAUAACAGGCGUCCUAACGCACUUGUGUUUUAAUUAAUUUAAUUGUCAUUUUAAUUGUGUAAAUAAAGUCCGAUAUUUUUAUUUACAUCUUAACGUUAUUACGAAUCGAUUGGUACCUAUAAAUAGCUUUAAAAUUGCUGUGUGACGUUGCAAUUUUCGAAAAAAUAUGUCCGAAGGCCACGGCGAACCUAAUCAGUGUCGGAAAGAGAGCGUGGCCGGGGCUGCGGUGCCUAGUGACAGUCCCGUGACGGAUCCGGGACAGGUCCGGGCAGGGAAUAGCGACAGUGGGGCUGCUAAGUUCGACGGCCCGCGCGGGAAAGCCGGUGCCUUAAAGAAGUCCGCCCGUUACAGAAGUAGAUCACUCUCUGCGUCUUCAGCCGAUUCAUACAGCUCCACGUCUUAUACCGGGUCAUCUUCAGAUGAAGACGAAGGAGCACAGCCCCACGAGAAAGCCAUAGCGGCCGGUCAGCCCAACCCACCUUAUUGUGUGAGGAAUAUAGAGCAAAACGCCUUCGGUCGGCGGGAGAUUGAGAUCGCAGAGCAAGAGAUGCCAGGGAUCAUGGCACUGCGUGCCAGAGCCAAGGACGAUAAACCUUUGAAAGAUGCCAAGAUCGUUGGUUGUACGCACAUCAACGCUCAGACAGCGGUUCUGAUUGAAACCCUGGCCGCGUUGGGAGCCACCGUGCGCUGGGCCGCCUGCAACAUUUACAGCACCCAGAACGAAGUGGCCGCCGCCUUAGCGCACGCGGGUUACGCGAUAUUCGCGUGGCGCGGCGAAAGCGAGGAGGCUUUCUGGUGGUGCAUCGACCAGUGCUGCACCCCGACGGCGACGUGGCAGCCCAACAUGAUCCUAGACGACGGAGGUGAUGCCACGCACCUCAUGCUCAAGAAACACGGAGCCGCCUUCAAGAAUAUCAAAGGUAUAGUAGAGGAGAGCGUGACGGGAGUCCAUCGGCUCUAUCAGCUCAGUAAAGCGGGCAAGCUCUGCGUGCCGGCGAUGAACGUGAAUGACUCUGUGACGAAAACGAAAUUUGAUAAUUUAUAUUCAUGUCGAGAAAGCAUAAUAGACGCGUUAAAACGUAGCACGGACUUGAUGUUUGGCGGCAAACAGUCUGUGGUGUGCGGUUACGGGGAGGUAGGAAAGGGAUGCUGUCAGGCCCUCAAGGCCCUCGGGUGCGUGGUGUACGUCACGGAAAUCGAUCCGAUAUGCGCCCUGCAGGCUGCCAUGGACGGCUUCCGGGUCGUCAAACUCAACGAGGUCAUAAGGCAGGUGGAUAUCGUGAUCACGGCGACGGGAAAUAAAGGCGUGGUGACGCGGGAGCACAUGGAGAGGAUGAAGAAUGGCUGCGUGGUGUGCAACAUGGGCCACAGCAACACCGAGAUCGACGUGUACGCCCUGAAGACCCCAGAUUUACUGUGGGAGAGGGUCCGCAGCCAGGUGGACCACAUAAUAUGGCCGAACGGCAAACGCAUCGUGCUGCUGGCCGAAGGGAGACUAGCGAACCUCUGCUGCUCCUCCUUACCCUCGUUCGUGGUGUCCGUGACCGCGGCCACCCAGGCCCUGGCCCUCAUCGAGCUGUACAACGCGCCCAACCAGAGGUACAAGGCCGAUGUUUAUUUACUACCGAAGAAAAUGGACGAAUACGUCGCCAGCCUCCACCUGCCGACCUUCGACGCUCAUCUCACCGAGUUAACGGACGAGCAAGCGAAAUACCUCGGUCUCAACAAAGUCGGCCCGUUCAAACCUAAUUACUAUAGAUACUAAUAGUUAGUGUGGUUUUUUGUUUGUAUACGCGGGUAGCGUUUACGAUUUCGAUGGCGAUUUGCUCGUUUGAGCUCUGAAGCUUGUAUACAGGGCGAUUUGCUCCGAAGCCUUUAUACAGGGUGUGUUUUAUUUGACACGAAGGCCGGAUAUUCGUAUAUAGAGAUCGGGUCUUCAGCGUGGUAUCUCAAGGUGGGUUCAUUAUCGUUUCUACAUUUAUAAGUCCCCUAAAUAUCCACUUAAAACUAUACUGGUGGUAGGACCUCUUGUGAGUCCGCGCGGGUAGGUACCACCGCCCUGCCUAUUUCUGCCGUGUAGCAGUAAUGCGUUUCGGUUUGACGGGCGGGGCAGACGUUGUAACUAUACUUGAGAUCUUAGAACUUAUGUCUCAAGGUGGGUGGCGCAUUUACGUUGUAGAUUUCAAUGGGAUCCAGUAACCACUUAACACCAGGUGGACUGUGAGCUAGUCCACCCAUCUAAGCCAUAAAAAAAACUUUCCUCCACAUUGUUUGGUAUGGGUGGCAUGAACUGUAUAGUACAGACUACCACCAGCCAUUUCCUUAACCAGAUCUGACCAUCUGGCUGCUAAGCGGUUACCCGAGCCCAUGGACAUCUACAACGUAAAUGCGCCACCCACCUUGAGAUAUAAGUUCUAAGGUCUCAGUAUAGUUACAACGGCUGCCCCGCCCUUCAAACCGAAACGCAUCACUGCUUCGCGGCAGAAGUAGGCAGGGCGGUGGAACCUACCCGUGCGUACUCACAAAUCCUCCUACCAUCAGUAAUUACGCAACUUGUAAUUUUUGCAGGUUUUGAUUUUUAUUACACGAUGUGUUCCUUCACCGUGGAAGUCAAUCGUGAACAUUUGUUGAGUACGUAAAUUGAUUAGAAAAAUUGGUACCCGCCAGCGAGAUUCGAACGUCGGUGCAUCGCUCAACACGAACGCACCGGACGUCUUAUCCUUUAAGCCACGACGACUUAAACGUCACGCGCGGUCGCGAUCCUCAGCAGUGAGGGAAAGAGAGAGAGAAUCACUUAUGUGUCGUCAUUCGGGUUUGCCUGAUUACUGUGAAUAAGCACGCAUCGAAAUCGUCAACGAACUCAUUAUAUCGUAGUACUGAUAAUGUAUUUUUGCUGUACGGUGAUGACGAUGAUAAUAUUAUUAUAUAUUAUUUUGAAAUUCUUUAUUCGAAUUCACAGAAUAAGGACGUUUUAUAUAUGAGUCGACUAUUAUCAAAGCCGACAAUGUGACUUUUGGACAAUUAUUAGUAAAUCAGAAAAACGAAUUAUUGACUUUGUAUUCCAUUGGCAGUCACAAAACUCUUCUGAACGACAUCUUAGAUAAAUAACAGGUUAAGUAUUAACCUUUAUUUAAUGCAGGUUUUGAAACGUAUUCUUUGAAGGAGACGAUUAUAUUCAAAUCAAUCUAUAUUGACAUAUCAAUAACAUUUUUUUGUCCAAAUGCACAGAUUGCCACCUUUGAUAAUAGACGACUCAUAUAUCAUAUUCGACCGACAUGUUGUAUGUUUGAAUUACAAAAACAAAAAAACAUGAGAUUAAUUUAAUAACAUUAAUUACCCAUGGUGAAAUUUGUACUAUAUCUACUAUGUAUUAUAUAUUAUUGUUUUUUAUAUUUUCUGCCGCGGGGGGAAGUGAGGAAGCUUUUACAGGCUCUCUUGUGAGUCCGCACGGGUAGGGACCACCGCCCUGCCUAUUUCUGCCGUGAAGCAGUAAUGCGUUUCGGUUUGAAGGGUGGGCCGUUGCACUGUGCUGUUAAAACUGAGACCUUAGAACUCAUGUCUCAAGGUAGGUGGCGGCAUUUGCGUUGUCUAUGGGCUCCAGUCACCACUUAACGCCAAGUGGGCUGUGAGCUUGUCCGCCCAUCAAAGCAAUAAUAAAAACAUCGUUACCUA